GCCUGGCCGGCCGCGCUCCCGGGAAAUGCGAGCCACCUGGCCAGCGUGGGUGCCAGCCUCCCAAGGCCGGGCCAUGGGCAACGUGGUGGAGGGCAAGUCAGUGGAGGAGCUGAGCAGCACCGAGUGCCACCAGUGGUACAAGAAGUUCAUGACCGAGUGCCCCUCGGGCCAGCUCACCCUCUACGAGUUCCGCCAGUUCUUUGGCCUCAAGAACCUGAGCCCGUCAGCCUCCAAGUACGUGGAGCAGAUGUUCGAGACGUUUGACUUCAACAAGGAUGGCUACAUCGACUUCAUGGAGUACGUGGCUGCGCUCAGCCUGGUCCUCAAAGGGAAGGUGGAGCAGAAGCUACGCUGGUACUUCAAGCUCUACGACGUCGACGGCAACGGCUGCAUCGACCGGGAUGAGCUGCUCACCAUCAUCCAGACCAUCCGCACCAUCAACCCCUGGAGCGACUCGGCCAUGAGUGCGGAGGAGUUCACAGAUACAGUGUUUACCAAGAUCGACGUCAACGGGGAUGGGGAGCUGUCCCUUGAGGAGUUCAUGGAGGGCGUCCAGAAGGACCAGAUGCUGCUGGACACGCUGACCCGCAGCCUGGACCUCACCCGCAUCGUGCGCAGGCUGCAGAACGGCGAGCAGGAGGACACCGCAGACGAUGGGGCAGGGUCAGCGGGCUGAGC